GUGACGCUGGUGCGCCGUUUGAAAUGACAACAUGUCAGGUUGCUAACUUAGCCAGUGAGCUAGCUUUUCCCAGCUGGCCAAAUGAUGUGGCUGGAGGAAAAAUCUAGCUCGCUGCAUGUCAAGCAUAAAAUGACGAUAGCUUCAGCUAGAUAAAUUAGCCAGAUAAACCCCCUACGGGCAGUACCGGACCCAGAGGAGAAGGCUACGCCCCUGCCAUGGCAGCUGGUGUUAGCCUGAUUAGUGACCUGCCUUACUCCAUCAGUGGAGCCUGCAGUGGAGACAUCAGCACAGACAUGGAGACAGCCAACGAGAGGGUCCCUACAGCAAAGUACACCAAGAUGGGGGAAACACUGAGGCAUGUCAUCCCUGGUCACAUGCAGUGCUCCAUGGCGUGCGGGGGCAAGGCCUGUAAAUAUGAGAACCCAUCCCGUUGGAGUGAUGAGGAGCAAGCCAUCAAAGGAAUCUACUCAUCCUGGAUUACAGACAACUUGCUAGCUAUGGCAAGGCCUUCCACCGACAUUAUAGAGAAAUAUAAUAUUAUUGAACAAUUUCAAAGGUGUGGUUUGAGGACGAUCAUUAACCUGCAGCGCCCUGGAGAGCACGCCAGCUGCGGCAACUCACUGGAGCCAGAGAGUGGUUUCACUUACCGACCUGAAACCUUCAUGGAAGCAGGCAUUUACUUCUACAACUUUGGUUGGAAGGACUAUGGUGUGGCAUCUCUAACGACAAUCCUUGACAUGGUGAAAGUCAUGUCAUUUGCUGUCCAAGAGGGCAAAAUGGCUGUCCACUGCCAUGCUGGUCUUGGAAGAACAGGUGUUUUGUUAGCUUGCUACUUGGUGUUCACAUCCCGGAUGAGUGCUGACCAGGCCAUUCUGUUUGUGCGAGCCAAGAGACCCAACUCCAUCCAGACUAGAGGUCAGCUACUCUGUGUGAGGGAGUUUGCCCAGUUUCUGAUUCCUCUCAGGAACGUCUUCUCCUGCGCUGAACCCAAAGCGCAUGCAGUCACCUUGUCCCAGUACCUCACCCGGCAGCGCCACCUGCUGCACGGCUACGAGGCAAGGCAGAUGAAGAAUGUGCCAAAGAUCGUUCAGCUGGUGUGCAGGCUCCUCCUGGACAUCGCCGCAAACCGGCAGGUGGUGGUCGAGGAGGAGUUCCUGGAGAUCCCCGACCUCACAGCCGAGGUGGAGAAAACCGUGUCCCAGCAGGCCCUCCAGCAGCUGGGUAAGGAGAUGAGAGGGAAGGGGAUCCUUGUGGCUUCACCAUGCUCAUCUCGUCCUUUCAACCCACCCGCCCUGAAAUCUAACACUCUUCACGAUCAGCCUCUCGCCAGCGAUAACGAGUUGGACCCGCUCUGGAGGCAGCAGAAUUUAGAUAGCCCUCCGAGAUCUCUUUCUGAAAACAGGAGUCUCUGUUUCAGUGAGUCUGCCCUAAACAAGCUAGGACCAUGGCGGGAUCAUUUAGGGAGUCUUCAGAGCAACAAACUACCAAUCAAACAUCCGAUCAAACGCUCCCUAUCUCAUGACAACCUUGCAACCUUUAAUCAACCCAGAUGUUGUGACCUCCCUACUCAGGACGCUGUUAGCAGCAUUCAGGACCCUCUCUUUGCAACUCCUGGCUCCGAUGGCAUGCCGAAAACAGAACCAAGCCAAAACACUGGAUCCGCCUUCUCACAAAGGCAGCUACACAAGGGGCGCCGUAAUUUUUCCUUAGAUCUCUCAGAGCAGGGAAGAAAAGCUCACUGUAAUGCCACACUACCAGCCUUCUCAGCGAAGAUCAGUGUGGUAGCCAGCGAAGAGGACCCAGAAAUCAACAAGUCGGUCGUGGGAGAGGCAGACAGAGGGGACAAAACAGAGGGACUCGGCAAGGUUCCCUUCAUCACUCUCCAGUCAGAGCCCUCCCCAGAGGCCAGACGCCUGCUGGUGGCCAAAGCACUGGCCAUGGACCUGGCUGACAAGGAUCUCGGUUCCAAGGUCUCAAUGUGGCAGACAGAGCUGAACUCCAGGGAAGGGGCGUGGGAGAGGAUGUGCAUGGAGCGAGAUCCUCUGGUGCUAUCCAGCCUCAUGUGGUCGUGGCUCGAGCAGCUCAAAGACCCCAUCAUCAGCAGUGAGGACGUCAAAGGCCUCAGUGAGAAGAACUACAGCCCGCAGUGUGCCCUGAAUUCUCUGGAAAAGGGCCACAGACUCACUCUGCUGUGUAUCCUCGACUGUGCAGCUCACCUCGCAAUACCUGCAGAAGUGGAGGCCACCUUUCUCAACCAAACAAUAAAAGUGUUUACUAAGAUUCAGGCCGCCUCAGCCAACACGCAGGCUUUAUUCAAGAAUCUGAAAGCAAUCCUGGCGCCAGUUCUGCAUGAGUUGCGGAAGAAGGCCGUGGAGGAAAACGCGACCUCCUGAUCCAGCCCCAAAAGGGUUGCACUUACAAGAGUUAAGAGUCGCAAACGAGGUCCCACUCUGAUUUUUGGGCAUUAUGUUAAGCCAGUUCCUCGCAUCAGAUACUGCCGACCGUUAGUCCUGCAAAAUAAACUGUAACACUCGGUGUAAUUUGAAGGUCAAACAUUUCGUCUUACUUUGAAGCUCUUCAUAGACUGUUUUACUACGCACUGCCACUGUUUAUGUUUAUGUGCCACAAUGCUCAGUUUGAAAGCGUUUAUUUGUGUCCUGUUCUACUGUGCUAUUUGUGAGGAAUAAUAAUAUAUUGCUUUUAUUAUCUGUUGGUUACAAACGACUGAGAAACUUAUCCUCAUGAAGUGAAUGCAAUGUUGUUUCGCUUAUGUAAAUGUUUUGCCCAGCCGUCAAAGCUGUUUUGAAAACAAAAAAAGAGGGGAAAAAAAUAUUAGUUAUUUAAACCAAAAGAUGUUUUUUUUACACUGUGCAAAUGCUACAAUGUGUCUUAUUUAUUUAAAUCUUCUCAUUUGAAGUGGAGCAAUUUGUAUUAUAACUGUAGUGUAGAUGACAAAAUACAAGGUUGGCCUGUUUUUAAAUAAGAGUAGGAUAAAACGUUUACCUGAGAAUGAAGUAUAAGCUGAUGCUACUGUUGUGAGAAAUUCGCGGCCCACAGUGUGUUUGCGUUUUUUGUUUAAUUUUGUCCUUAAAACAACUACUUGUGCACCAAAAAAAAAAAAAAAAAAAAAAUACAAUAUUUCUGUACUGUACUGUACAUGGAUUUGUAUAACAUCAACCUGCCUCCACUCUUGCAUAUGGCAAAGUGCUGUCUGCCUCAACUUUAAUGGCCUAUAUCUGAACUUACUGUAAUACACUGCUGCCUGUAAAGUAGGCCUGCCUGUGUUUAUUUGUGUCGCUGUUGGGAUGACUCAGUGGCUCUGACCUCAUACUGUAUGUCUCGUGGAUGGACACACGUCGACCUGCUGACACAUCGUUGAAUGUGGAGCACUGGCAGGUAAUCUGCUCAAAUCUUUCAGUGGACAUGAGACAUUGUACUGUGGGGGAUUUUCAACAAGCACUAUUUUUUCAUUGUUACAUCGGGCUACUUCUUGAAGAAUUAAAUGAACUUAACACA